AUGGCUGUGAUGAAGGAGAUUCUCCGAUCCAGAAAUAUUUUGCUUGUUCUUCUCAUUCCACUUCUUCUGCUUCCUCUGCCACUCUUAUACCCCAGCAGUGAAGCUUCUUGUGCCUACGUGCUGAUUGUGACAGCUGUAUUCUGGGUCUCUGAAGUGGUGCCGCUUGGUGCAGCAGCCUUAGUUCCUGCUUUCCUAUACCCACUUUUUGGAGUCAUGAAGUCCAGUGAGGUAGCUGCUGAAUAUUUCAAGAACACAACUUUGCUUCUCAUGGGUGUGAUUUGUGUGGCAGCUUCUGUAGAAAAGUGGAAUCUCCACAAGCGAAUCGCCCUGCGCAUGGUCAUGAUGGCUGGAGCAAAGCCAGGCAUGUUGCUUCUUUGCUUUAUGUGUUGCACAACGGUGCUCUCCAUGUGGCUUUCCAACACAUCCACCACAGCCAUGGUGAUGCCAAUUGUGGAGGCAGUGCUCAAGGAGCUAGUGAAUGCUGAGGAGGAGCAUGAGGUGAUCAGUGCUGCAGGCAGCACCAUUAUGGAAGAAAACGAGCCAAUAGGUCUCAGUGAAAAACAUGGCCGGCCUUCACUGGAGCUUAUCUUCAUCAAUGAGGAUGCUACUACUACUGACUUCAGCUCCUUGAUGCACUCAAAGAGUAUGAAUGGUGUGCACAUGAUAGCCAACCCUAUUGGAACGAGGAAUUCUAAGAGCAAUGGGCAGCACAUACCUCAGGCUCAGAUACUGGUCCUGCCUCCUAAGUCCUCAGAACUGGGCCUGAGCACUAAGUAUCAGUAUCAGACCAGACAUGACCACAUGGUCUGUAAAUGCCUCUCCCUGAGUAUCUCCUACGCAGCAACCAUUGGAGGACUGACAACCAUCAUAGGGACCUCCACUAGCCUCAUAUUCUUAGAGCACUUCAACAACCACUACCCAGAUGCUGAAGUGGUGAAUUUUGGAACCUGGUUUUUGUUCAGUUUUCCCAUCUCCCUCAUCAUGUUGGUCCUGACUUGGUUAUGGAUGCAUUGGAUGUUCUUGGGUUGCAAUUUUAAAGAGACCUGUUCUGUGAGCAAAAAGAAAAAGACCAAACGAGAAGAAAUAUCAGAGAGAAGAAUUCAAGAAGAAUAUAAGAAACUGGGUAAUGUCAGCUAUCCUGAGAUGGUGACUGGAUUUUUCUUCAUUCUAAUGACCUUACUUUGGUUUACUCGUGAGCCUGGCUUUGUACCAGGAUGGUCAUCUUUUUUUGAGAAGAAAGGUUAUCGGACUGAUGCCACUGUCUCUGUACUCCUUGGUUUUCUCCUUUUCCUCAUUCCAGCAAAAAAGCCAUGUUUUGGAAAAAGGGAAAAAGGGGAUGGUGAAAAAUCAACAGACGUUAACACACUGGAUCCCAUCAUUACCUGGAAGGACUUCCAGAAAACUAUGCCCUGGGAGAUUGUAGUGUUGGUUGGAGGAGGUUAUGCCUUAGCAGCUGGAUGCAAGACCUCUGGCCUCUCAACAUGGAUCGGUCGUCAAAUGCUCUCCCUGAGCAGCCUUCCCUACUGGGCUGUAACUCUGCUGGCCUGCAUUUUGGUGUCCCUGGUAACAGAGUUUGUUAGUAAUCCAGCAACCAUAACCAUCUUUCUGCCUAUUUUAUGCAGCAUGUCAGAAACCCUGCUCAUCAACCCUUUAUACACCCUGAUUCCUGUCACCAUGUGUAUCUCAUUUGCGGUGAUGUUGCCAGUGGGUAAUCCUCCAAAUGCCAUUGUCUUCAGUUAUGGGCACUGCCAGAUAAAAGAUAUGGUGAAAGCUGGCCUGGGUGUAAACCUGAUUGGCCUGGCUGUUGUCAUGGUGGCCAUCAACACUUGGGGAAUUAGACUCUUCCAGCUGAAUACUUUUCCAGAAUGGGCAUCAGUCAGCAACAUCACCAGCCAAACAUAA